CUUCACUGGCCCUAAUCCUCUUCCGUACAUUUCUAUUUAUUACUUCCUCCCUCCUCCGGCUGCUCCCCUCCCUGUUUGUUUGUCUUCGCAUGUUUCUUUGCCUCCCUUCCUGCCUCGUGGUCAUCAUCAGCACCCUCCUUCUCUUCCGCCUCCUCUUCUUCCUCCUCCACCUUCAGCGCCGCACAAUCUUUAAUUGGUUAGUCCAUGUACUACAUUUAUUCUGUCAACCAUUGUGUGGUUUUUUUUCCGCCCCUUUCCAGUUACGACGAGGAUGAUGCGGAAGAAAAGGAUGCAAAAGACGCUAAAGUAAGAAGAAGAGGAAGUGGGACGUAAGGAGGAGCUAUUCUUUAUUUUCUGGGUGGAUGAGGGCGGCACGGUGCCAGCUGGUCUGGAAUGCAGACUCCAAUUGAACGAGCUGCACCUUUUUGUCUUGAACGUUUCAAGGACGCCGACCUGCUCAGUGACUUUGUCGGACAAACGCGCACUGCGGUGACUGCCUCUGCCUCCAACAUGUUGACGUGAAUGCAACGGCGACGCAGGGUGGGCCUGGCACUGGCAGCCUACCUCCACCACCCCUCCCCAACAUGCCACACUGAUGUCCUCGGCGUAGUUUAGUUUUUUUACCCCCCAUGGACAUUCAACCCUGCUAUCUCACCCCAGUCCAACUUCAGCUGCCACUAUUCCCAGCAAGAGCCAAUAAACCACAGCACCCCUCCGCAGAACCCCCCCCCGUGGAGAUUUUCCAUCCGCGCAUCGUCGUUUCCAUUUGUUCCAGUGCGUCUCGUCGGUCAUGGCGGUGAACGUGAGCGUGGGCCGGGACACUAAAUGGCUGACCCUGGAAGUGUGCCGCGAGUUCCAGAGAGGCACCUGCUCGCGCUCGGACGCCGACUGCAAGUUUGCGCACCCGUCGCGCAGCUGUCAUGUGGACAACGGCAGAGUCAUCGCCUGCUUCGACUCGCUCAAGGGCCGGUGCGCGCGAGAGAACUGCAAAUACCUGCAUCCUCCUCCGCACCUCAAAACCCAGUUGGAGAUUAACGGCAGGAACAACCUGAUUCAGCAGAAGGCCGCCGCCGCCAUGUUGGCUCAACAGAUGCAUUUCAUGCUCCCCGGAGCGCAGCUGCAGCCCAUCACAACAUUCCCCAUGACACCCUCCCUUACGACCAGUCCCAGUAUGGCAUUCAGUCCGUACCUAAGCCACAUGGGCCCGGGCAUGGGCUUGAUGCCUGACCUGCUGCCCAAUACACCCCUGCUGGUCCCUGGGAGUCCUCCCGGCCUGGCGGCUAUGGGCAGCGGCACCACCGUACCCAAGCACGCACGCACCGACAAGCUGGAGGUUUGCCGCGAGUUCCAGCGUGGGAACUGCACACGCGGAGAGAGUGACUGUCGUUACGCGCACCCCUUGGAGGCCGGCAUGGUGGACUGUAACGAGAACUGUGUCAUCGUUUGCAUGGACUACGUGAAGGGACGCUGUGGCCGGGACAAGUGCAAGUACUUCCACCCUCCUACUCACCUGCAGGCCAGGAUCAAGGCCGGGCACAACACGGCUUCUGCCGCCUUGGGUGUUCCGGCGGGAGGCGUGCAGUCGCUACCAAAGAGGCAGAUGUUGGACAAGAGCAACGACGCCCCCGUCUUCAACCCCAACAUGUUCCACUACCAGCAGGCCUUGGCCAGCAUGCAGCUGCAGCAACCGGCCUUCAUCCCCACUGAGCCUUCUGAGCUCGUGAUCUCGGAUCCGGUGGAGCUCCAAUGCGUUCCCGUGGAUAUGCAGUCCCACCUGUGUCCGGUCGCAAAACUGCUGAUGGUGGAUCCCGUGGCCCUUGAUUCAGUAAGCCUUUCUCCAAAUGCCACUUAAGCAACCCUUCCACCCCAAAAAAAAAAAAAGUGUGCCUCAUCAACUGCACGCCAACUUCGGAAGCUGCGCGCAAGAUACGUCACCUUCUUGUCAGCCAUACAAACCGACACCUUAAAUAUGCACCAGACGUGCAUCCGAAAUGAGCUGCUGAGAACUAGAGUGGGCUUAGU